UCCAGUUUCACUCCCCUCAUUUCUCUCAAAAACGUAGAUAACAUAUAUACACAAACAUAUAACACACGCGUCCGGUCGCAUCUUUCCUUGUUCGUUUAUUUGGAUUUUUGAAACUUAAAUGUUUACUACUUGGAUGAAGUCUUCGGAAUAGUGGCCGGUGAGCACAAGAUGCUUAUGAUCAAAUCAAACUUAGGAACUUUCAAAUGCCAUAAAGCGUGCCGUCAGUUCAGUCCCAGAGAUUUAGCCCGGCAUGUUCAUAGCAUAGUGAAUUCUAAGCUUGACUCAAACCGGCUACUUUCGAACCGGCUGCUGAAUGAUUUGUCUAAAUCAGGUCGAAUUGAUGAAGCCCGUAAAAUGUUUGAUAAUAUGUUUAAUAGGGACGAGUUUAGCUGGAACACAAUGAUUGCUGCUUAUGCGAAUUCAGGGAGGUUGGCUGAAGCUAAAAAACUGUUUAAUGAGACUCCUAAUCGAAGUUCUAUUACUUGGUCUUCUCUUAUAUCAGGGUAUUGUCGAUAUGGUUGUGAAAUGGAAGCUUUAGACUUGUUUAGGGAAAUGCUGUAUGAGGGACAAAAGCUGAGCCAAUAUACAUUGGGUAGUGCUCUAAGGGGGUGCUCGGUAUUGGGAUUGCUGCAGGGAGGUGAAAUCAUUCAUGGUUACUUAAUAAGGAUUGGAUUCGACUCUAAUGUUUUUGUUGUCACUGCUCUUGUUGACAUGUAUGCAAAGUGCAAGUGCAUUUUGGAAGCCGAAUAUCUUUUUGAUACAUUGCCUGGGAGGAGAAAUCAUGUGUUAUGGACUGCUAUGGUUUCUGGGUACUCCCAAAAUGGUGAUGAGUUUAAGGCAAUUGAGUGUUUCCGAGGCAUGCAGGCAGAAGGGGUUGAGUCCAAUCAGUUUACAUUUCCUAGCAUUUUGACUGCUUGUGCAUCAGUUUCAGCAGGUGAUUUCGGGGCUCAGGUCCAUGGAUGCAUAGUUAGGAGUGGUUUUGGGGCUAAUGUGUUUGUUCAAAGUGCAUUGGUUAAUAUGUAUGCAAAAUGUGGAAACUUGAACAGUGCAAGGAGGGCAUUAGAGAAUAUGGAAUUUGAUGAUGUGGUUUCUUGGAACUCAAUGAUAGUUGGGUGUGUAAGGCAUGGGUUUGAACAGGAAGCUCUGUCCUUAUUUAAGAAAAUGCAUGCGAGAGAUAUGAAAAUUGAUGAUUUUACAUAUCCAUCGGUCCUAAACUCUUUCACUUCCACGAUGGAUAUGAAAAAUGCUAAAUCUGUUCAUUGUAUGAUCAUCAAGACUGGAUUUGAAGCUUAUAAGCUCGUGAGCAAUGCUCUUGUUGACAUGUAUGCCAAACAAGGGUACUUAGAAUGUGCAUUUGAGGUGUUCAGUCGGAUGGUAGACAGGGAUGUGAUCUCAUGGACCUCCUUGGUCACAGGGUAUGCUCACAAUGGCUCUCAUGAAGAAGCCAUUAAGUUGUUUUGUGAUAUGAGAACUACAGGAAUUUGCCCGGAUGAAUUUGUGAUUGCCAGCAUUUUGAGUGCCUGUGCAGAACUGACACUGCUAAAAUUUGGGCAACAAGUUCACGCAAACUUUAUUAAAUUUGGACUUGUAUCAUCUUUGUCGAUAGAUAAUUCCCUUGUCACAAUGUAUGCAAAAUGUGGGUGUAUAGAGGAUGCUAAUGGAGUCUUCAAUUCAAUGCAAGUUCAGGAUGUAGUUACAUGGACAGCUUUAAUAGUUGGUUAUGCACAGAAUGGUAGAGGAAAGGAUUCCAUACAAUUUUACAAUCGGAUGAUAGCAAGUGGUACAAAGCCAGACUUCAUCACUUUCAUUGGCUUACUAUUUGCAUGCAGCCAUGCUGGUCUUGUUGAUGAUGGUCGCUGGUUUUUUGAAUCAAUGAACCAGGUCUUUGGAAUAAAACCAGGUGCUGAACACUAUGCUUGUAUGAUUGAUCUCUUGGGGCGCUCAGGAAAACUUAAUGAGGCCAAGGAAUUACUGAAUGAAAUGGAUGUUAAACCAGAUGCAACAGUAUGGAAGGCACUACUUGCUGCAUGUAGAGUACAUAGGAAUUUAGAGUUGGGAGAGAAGGCAGCAAAGAACCUUUUUGAAUUGGAACCCUCAAAUGCUGUGCCAUAUGUUCUAUUAUCUAACAUGUAUUUUUCAGCUGGUAGAUGGGAAGAUGCUGCAAGAAUUCGAAGAUUGAUGAAAUCAAUGGGAAUCAGUAAGGAGCCAGGUUGCAGUUGGAUUGAGCUGAACAGCCAUGUGCAUAGAUUUAUGUCGGAAGACAGAGGCCAUCCAAGGACAGCUGAGAUAUAUUCCAAGAUAGAUGAGAUUAUGAUACUAAUCAAGGAAGCUGGAUAUGUGCCGGACAUGAAUUUUGCACUUCAUGACAUGGAUGAGGAGGGCAAGGAGCUUGGUCUAGCUUAUCACAGCGAGAAGUUAGCCAUUGCUUUCGGGAUUCUCACUGUGCCACCUGGAGCACCUAUACGAAUUUUUAAGAAUCUUCGGGUUUGUGGGGAUUGUCAUACUGCUAUGAAAUAUAUAUCAAGAGUAUUUCUUCGGCAUAUUAUUUUGAGGGAUUCAAACUGUUUUCAUCAUUUUAGAGAUGGAAAUUGUUCUUGUGGGGACUAUUGGUAGGAAUUCCAUCUCAGCAUUGGCUCCCAUGCAGUCUCAUACGAGGAGCGCGUAAUUAAAUCACCAACUAUCGGUGCUCUCACUAUGGAAUUUUUAUCUGCAACAUUACUCUCAAGUCUCAAGAUUGAGACCACUAAACACAUUCUUCUUUGCCUUGAUGCCAAUAUUUAGAAUUUCUAUUUCUUUUUUGCUUGAAAAGAUUUAAAUAGAGAUUUUUGACAGAGAUAAAAUAUGCUAGUGCUGGAACCUGUGAAAUUUGCAGACCCCUGCCCCAUGACAUUCAAGUGAAACAUUGAUUUAGCAGGCUCCCCUCGGUUCCUUUGAGUUUCAGUCUUGUGGAUGUGCUGCUCAAGCAAAUGCGGUAGCUGAACUCAUGAUCUGUGUAGACCUAGGGGGAACACUCAUUGUUUAUGGCUUGAACUACCUGGGUAUCUAAUUAUUCUUCGCUCCCAUGCUUUCACUCUAGCGUCUAUAGUGACCCAAAGCAUCACCUUCGCAUUUGGAGUUCGUAGAUCCAGGGUUACAACUGUCAAGGUAAUGCAACAUGCUGGAACAGACUUGACACAAGAUCACUGCUUCAGGGGCCAUUUGCAUGUGAAAUAUCUGGAAAUUGUGGGCUGAUAAGAUCUCCACUGUCACACAAAAGUAGCAGGUAAUUUUAAUCUUCCAUCUUUGAUACUUAUACGACAUGAUCUAUCUUCAAGUCUGAGCACUUGGGAGUUGGGACCUCCAUAGGCAAGCUUUAUCUACGGACUUGCCUUCUAUAUUACCUAAUAGUAUAUAUUCAGUAAUCUGCCAUUUUGAACUCUUCUGUACUGCUUAAAGGACAAUCAUAAUUUUUAGUCAAACUA